AGGCAGUGACACAUUUUGCACAUACCACAAAGACAAUGAGGUGCUUCACUGCGAUUCUGCUCGCCACGGCUGUGAUCACACUGCACAUCACAGUUGUGGUUGGAGAUGACAUAAUCAAUGGGAAAAAAGCUUCAAAAAAUUCUUUGCAAUAUAUGGUAUCGGUGCAGGUCAACAAAAAACAUGAAUGUGGAGGAUUUCUAAUAUCUCCUAAAUAUGUGCUCACAGCUGCACACUGUGAAAGUAAAGAGAUGACUGUUGUUCUUGACAACCAUGAUAUUUCUCCACGGAAGAAUCUAGACAGAUACAAUGUGGUUCGAAAAUUUAUACCAAAAACGUUCAAAGAUGUUAAGACAGGCAAUGACAUCAUGCUUCUAAAAAUUUCUAGGGAAGCAGUUUUGGGAAAAAAAUUGAAGACAGUGAAAAUCCCAGAUGAACACCAGAGAAUUACACACAAAACCCAGUGCUUGGUCGCUGGAUGGGGUUCUACUAAACAGCGUAAAGAAGUUAAUGAACUUCUGGCCUUGAAUGUAUCAACUGUUGACAUCCACGACUGCAAGGAAGCAUGGAAGAAAUACAAACAGAACAUAACAAAACUUCCACCGAACAUCAUCUGUGCUGGAGGAUAUAAACAGAACGGAGGAGUGUGCUUGGGUGAUUCAGGAGGUCCAUUGGUGUGCAAUUCAAUGGCAGUGGGUAUUGUCUCCUUCAACAUAAAGGGCUGCAAAUAUCCUGAUGUACCAAAUAUCUACACUGAUAUUUCAAAACAUGUACGUUGGAUCAAAGCAAUGAUGAAGAAGAAAGAAAAUUAAGACUUUCCUGUUCACUGCAUUUUGCUUAAAUAUACAAUAACGGCCCAAAUAAAUUGUUUUGCUAAUGA